GGCAGCUGGUCUGCCGGGGAGGGACACAGAGGCCUUGUUAUAAAGUCAUUCACUUCCAUGAUGCUUCUCGAAGACUUGACUUUGAGGAAGCCAAAGAAGCCUGCAAGAGGGAUGGGGGCCAGCUCGUCAGCAUCGAGUCUGAAGACGAGCAGAGACUGAUACAAAUGUUCAUUGAAAACCUUUUGGCAUCUGAUGGUGAUUUCUGGAUUGGGCUCAGAAGGCAUGAAGAGAAACAAAGCAAUAGUACAGCCUGCCAGGACCUUUAUGCUUGGACUGAUGGCAGCACGUCAAAAUUUAGGAACUGGUAUGUGGAUGAGCCCUCCUGUGGCAGCGAGAUCUGCGUGGUCAUGUACCACCAGCCAUCAGCACCUGCUGGCCUCGGGGGCCCCUACAUGUUCCAGUGGAAUGAUGACCGAUGCAACAUGAAAAACAAUUUCAUUUGCAAAUACUCUGACGAAAAACCAACAGCUCCUUCUACAAGGCCUGGAGGUGAGGGAACAGAGCCAGCAACACCUGUUCUUCCCAAAGAAACCCAGAAAGAAGAUGCCAAGGAAACAUUUAAAGAAAACAAAGGAGCUCCCUUGAAUCUAGCCUACAUCCUAAUCCCCAGCAUCCCUCUCUUCCUCCUUGUGGUGACCGCAGUAAUGUGCUGGGUUUGGAUCUAUAGAAAGAGAAGACGGGAGCAGCCAGACCUUCGCACAAAGGAGCAACACACCAUCUGGCCCUCUCCUUACCAAGAAAACAGCCCAGAUCUAGAAGUUUACAACGUCAUAAGAAAACAAAGUGAAGCUGACUUAGCUGAGCCCCGGCCAGACCUGAAGAAUAUUUCAUUCCGGGUGCAUUCAGGAGAAGCCACUCCCGAUGACAUGUCUUGUGACUAUGACAACAUGGCUGUGAACGCUUCAGAAAGUGGGUUUGUCACUCUGGCCAGUGCAGAGAGUGGAUUUGUGACCAAUGACAUUUAUGAGUUCUCUCCCGACCAAAGGGGAAGGAGCAAGGAGUCUGGAUGGGUGGAAAAUGAAAUAUAUGGCUACUAGGAUACAUGGGAGAAAAACUGGACUGGCAAGAGUGGGAAAGACAUGAGGAGCAAAAUUUUCCUACUUUCUAUAGGAAAUAGGAGGUCUGUGGAAAAGCUCAGGUCAAGUCCUGGGGUGAGCAUGUGAUCCCCAUCAUCCCACUGGAUCCCCAAGUUCUGCCUGUAUCCCUUACCCCAGGUUCUCACUCAGCCUUAUGAGAAACCACGUUGGCCAGGGUCGGGCAUGUAGUAGUGUCUCAAUAAAUGCCAGUCAGUUGGUUACUUCUGACUCCCAAGGGAGAGUCCUGAGGCCCAAGAAAAUAACCUGCAUUUUACACCCCGUGUCUUAGUUACUUUUUCAUUGCUUUAACUGGCAAGGAUAAAGGCUGUGGCUGUGGCACUU